CAAUAACUUGCUGCUUCAUAAUUUAUUUAUUUUGCACACCAUGCAGUAUCUCUAAUAUAGAAUACAACCGUUAAUUAUUUCUUCUGAUUAAUACAAAUUAAAUCGUCCCCUCCCGCUUAAAACGCGUCACGUGACAAGCGUAGACCACGUGGUUUGAUCACGUGACAUCAUUUCAUCUCCUGAGUCGAGGAAGCAGCAUCGUGGUAUUAUCACAGUGUAGCUUCUGUGGAUGUGAAUAUUAAAGCUAAAAUAUGAGCGGCUACUUCGUACACGCUGGAACGCAAUACCCAUUUGGCCAAACACCCAACCAACCGCAACAACAACAACAACAGCAGUCUAGUUCAACCACAUCAAACAACUCAAAUACAGCAGGAAGUGCUCAAUCAUACUAUUCAAAUUAUGGCAACACUACUUCAUACCCAAACCAGAGUGCUAGUUCUCAAACACAAGGUAACAGUUCCCAAUAUACAUACGGACAAAACAGCAGCAGUUACGGCUCAAACAGUGGCUACAAUUCCUCACAGUAUAAUAACAGCACCAGCUCGUUUGGUGUCUCUACUCAAUCUGGGAACAACUUUGGUUCAAACACGGCUAGAUCGAACCUAACAAACACAGGGUACGGAACAUCACAAUCCUCAGGGAAUUACGCUUCUACUUAUGGAACGCAACAAAGCUCAGGUUCAGGAUUCCCAACCACAUAUGGUGGUGCAUCUAAUACAGGUAGCAACAAUUUGAAAAUGGAAAACUAUGGAUACAGCUUUGAAAAGUCUACAGAUUCCACCACAAACCAGUCCUAUGAGAAAGCUUUGCUAUCCGCUGCCAACCAAUAUUACAGCAGCAGUAGAAGGGGGCGAGGGACAAGGGGGUCGUUCGCUGGAACUGGCAGGGGUCGAGGUAAAUCCACCAGACGGGGAUUUGGACAAUCGCACCAAGCUCAAAGCUCAGGUCCCAAAGCCAUCAAAGCAUCUGAAAUUAAAGCUUACCUUUAUGCUUGGUGUGGCCAGCGUAAGCUAAAGCCGGAAUAUGAGGUGUUGCCGCAAGGACAGGUUCAACUGCCAAGAACUAUGUUCACAUGCAAGCUGCAUAUAACAGGUCUGGAUUAUGUGGCAGAAGCACAGGCACCAAACAAAAAGGAUGCCCAGGGUAAAGCUGCGUGGAACUUCUGUGAAAACUUGGUGAAGACUGGUUAUAUGAAGGCAUCGGAACUACCACCAAGACCUGCACAACCCGUACCUAAAUCCCAGGGUGUUUCAACAACUCCAGAAGCUGGUUCAUAUCCUGCUGAAAUUAAGCCAGAGGUUGAAGACCACGGUGGAUGGACACUAGCUAACUGCAGGCAGCGUUUGAACCAGUUUUGUCAAAGGGAGCACACAAGUCCUGACUUUAAACAUGAAACACAUGGGCCAGAACAUGCAAGGAUAUUCGUGUGUGAAUUGAAACUUAAUGUCAGCUCUGUGCAAAAAGUUCUGCUUGCCAGCGAACGCGGGAGCAAUAAGAAGCAAGCUACGGCCGUUUGUGCGUUGUCCAUGAUACGACAAUUAUACAAGGAGAGGUUGAUAGAAAAAUGUGGCGACCCCAUUAAACAUGUGACAAGGGGUGGCUUGCUUGGAUCUAAAACAUCAACAGCAACAACAUCUGUGAAAACUGAUGUUGAACCAAAAGUCACGUUAACCGAAGGAAAUGCGAAUGCUGGUUUGAAGCGUAAAGCAGAUGAUAAGGUUUCUCCUGAUUCUGUUGAUGAGAAUGGCAACUGGACAAUCGAUAAUUCCAGACAACGUUUAAAUCAGUUUUGUCAAGUCAAUAAUAUCCAUUGUGAUGUCAUGUAUGAGGAGGAAGGAGCACCUGGGAGUCGGGUAUACACAGCUUCACUUGACAUCAAAGUAACGCAAGAUAAUUCCAACGAUCAAACUGUAGCAGCAAAAGCAAGAGGUCCAAACAAGAAAGCAGCAUCUCAAGGCUGCGCGCUGAAAAUUCUUUCCCAGCUUUAUAAACUGAAGCUCGUGGAAGCGAAUGAUGCAGCUGAUCCUGGACAUCCAAACAAGAGGAAAACCCAGCGAGGGAGGGGAAUGACGGGAAAAAAACGACAAAUCCAGAGUCAUUUGAUUAUAACUCGCUAUUCCACCACAAUCUCGUAUAGAAUAAAGCCAAAAAAGGACGGACCAGGUUACAUGCCUGCUUAUGGCGGUAUGCAGAACUUUCAUUCAUUUGAUCAAGGUUCAGAUUUCAACAUUGGCUUCCCAGUUCAUGGCCCAUGGACUGCACCUGUACAUCGCACAGCACUCAGUGAUGCUCAUAUAAAUGCAAAGCAUAAACAAAUAUAUCCAAGUGAGCAGAAGUUGGAGGUUGCACAGCGUUGUGUUAAGAUGGUGGAACUUGCACUGAAGGAAGUAGCAGAGGAACUGGAAACCUUGGACACGAAACCUGAACCAUUGGAUGACACUGUAGCGGAUGGACCAAAGAAGCGCAAACUUCAAGGAGUAAUGCGAGUUGGGUAUUUAGCGAAGGGUCUUCUAAUCGACACGGAUGAUGCAGUUGAUCUUGUUUUGCUGUGUCUUGAACCUCCAACUGCUAAGUUAUUGAUACAGAUUGCACAGAUGCUGCCAAAACAUAUCAAGGAUUCUGAUGGUGAGAAAUCUAAUGUUGAAACCUCAAUGAUGGAUGCUGCUAUAAAAGUCCAAAUAUUUGGUGCUGGUGGUUCUUCUGAUGUGAAACUAUGUAUCACGAUUCAUCUUACUUCACCUGCUGUUCGUACACCAGCUGAAGAAGUGAUCAAAGACGCUCCUGGUACUUUGAACAAGGACAAGUGCCUACAGUCACUCGCUCAACUGCGCCAUGCAAAAUGGUUCCAGGCGUGUGCAAACGUAAUACCUUCAUGUGUGGUCGUGAUCCGAAUAUUAAGGGAUUUAAAACGAAGAGACCAAUGUUGGGCCGUACUGUCUGACUGGGCAAUAGAGCUUUUGGUUGAACGAUCACUUUAUACUUCCCCUGCACCCUUGUCACUAGGUGGCUCACUUCAGCGGGUGAUGGAAGUUGUCAGUGCCGGGAUUAUUUUGGAAGGCAGUGGAGGUCUUCGAGAUCCUUGUGAGCGAGAUGACGUUGAUGUUGUGGAUCAAUUAACGGAGCAACAACGAGAGGAGUUGACGAGAUCUGCUCAGACAUAUCUACGAUGCCUGGUGUUUAGGAAACCCCACAAAGUCCUUGGGAUGGAAGCUUUACCCAAACCUGAAUGGUUGAUACGGAAAACUGAAGCCAUAUCUAUGAACUAGUGAUGGAAGACUGAUGUAUGACAUCGUGUGGAUCAACAGACAUAACAAUUAAACCUUCGAUUUAUCAAAUAAAUGGAAUAUUGUACAAUGUA